AUGGCUGUUAAGGUUCAGAGGGGCAGCGUGGUGUCCGCAGCAUGUGUUACAGUCUCCCACCUGUGGAGUUCAGAGGAUGAGGCAUUGAAGGACUACUCUCAAACCUACAACUGCUGCUCCAACAACUGCUGCACCACCGACUGCUGCGCCUACAACUGCUGCACCGACAACUGCAGGGCCAACGAUUGCAGCUCCUACAACUGCUGCUCCUACAACUGCCGCACCUACAACUGCCACACCACCUACAACAGCUGCGCCUACAACGACUGCACAGACAACUGCAGCACCUACUACUGCAACUCCCACAACUGCCGCUCCAACAACUGCUGCACCUACAACAGCAGGGCCAACUACUGCAGCCCCGACAACUGCCGCUCCAACAACUGCUGCACCUACAACCGUUACAGCUACAACUGUUGCACUUACAACAGCUGCACCUACAACUGCUGCACCUACAACUGUUGCACCUGCACCUACAACUGCAGCACGUACGACUGCCGCUCCAACAACUGCUGCACGAACGACUGCUGCACCGACAACUGCAGCUCCAACAACCGCUGGAACGACAACUGCAACACCUACUACUGCAGCUCCUACAACUGCCGCUCCAACAACUGCUGA